GCCUUCCUGGGGCCAAGGGCGAGAGGCUGGCAGCGCCAAGAGCCGUUCUCUAGCCGGUGGCUCCUUCCUGACGCCCGCUUCUCCUUGCAGGGAAUCAUGUUCCGGUGCAGCGCAACUUGCUGUGAGAAUGGCAGGGCAUCCAUGCAGCAGGUGCACCAGUGCAUUGAGCGCUGCCAUGCUCCCCUGGCUCAGGCCCAGGCGGUGGUCACCCAGGAGCUGGAGAGAUUCCAGGACCGCCUCUCUCGCUGCACGAUGCACUGUAACGAUAAAGCAAAGGAUGCUUUGGAUUCAGGGAGCAAAGAAUCGCAUGUCAAGCUGCAGCUGGAAAACUGUGUGAUGAAAUGUGUGGAUGACCACGUUCACCUCAUCCCCAGCAUGACCAAAAAGAUGAAGGAGACCUUGGCUGGCAUCGCUCAGUAGCAUCCCUACCCCUGAGCACAAACCCGGGUCAAGCUAGGAAGGGUGUGAUGAACUUGAUGAAAACCAGGGAACAAAAGUGGGAAAGAGUCGGGUGCCUUCUCGGGGUUAUGAUGGCCCCAGGGUACGCCUGGUCUUGUGGAAGAAACCUGGAAGGAAGGCUGCCAGUUGUCAGAAUGGGAAACCAGUGACUGGGUUUUCCCUAGCUCAUGGAUACGCUCACAAGCCCAGGCAAUUUCUCUGCCUCGUUUUGAACAAUUCUCCCUUCCCUGGUGGCGAUGAUGGGGCAGAAGAAUUGAGAAGGGGCUUCAUUAACAGCUUUGAAGUUUGCUCGCCUGUUGUCUUUGCAGGGCAGAUUCACUUAAGCCGGUUAAAAUUAUGCCUCUGGUGCUCCAUAAAGGCACAAAAUAAGUAUUUCUAUGAUCCUGCUCAAGGAGAUGGUUUGUUCUGGGCCUGUAUCUUUCCCUGUUCGCUCUCUAUGUUGUGAUGUAAUUUAGUGGCAGAAGAUGUAGUAUUUGAACCUUUUUGAAUUCUCCCAAGCUGGCCAUCAUCUCAUACUUUCAUCCAAAUCAGGCAGGAAUUGUUUUGUUCAGGCAGCGGAUACGGGUGUAUGUGCCUUAAUGCUUCCUCAGUAGGGGGAAAAUGCAUUUGUGUGUCUAUCCAAGUCUGGGCAAGAUCUGAGCAGAAGUAUCAUCACUGACAGCGGGUGCGUUUUGCCACCCACGGAUGAGGAGGGAUUCAAACACAAAGGGACCCAUCUGAACCUGGAAAGUUGUGCGGCUUAAGUUUGCUGAGUGAGUCAGAAGUGAAGGUUUUAAGGGGGUUUUAAAAAUGCAACAUCAAAAUGUGAAUUUUGCUACGGGAAUAUGUGACAUCUUUUUAGUCACUCCCAAACCAAAUGUUUAUUAAACUCUUAAAUCAAAA